AUGAAUUCUGCCGCGUCGCACCAGUCGUCGCGCUCGUUAGGCGCAUCCGCCGCGCCUCUCUACCCCUCCGCGCCACCCUUCCCCCCCACCGCGUCCGCUCCGCCGCCCUCCGCGGCCUCUUCCACCAUCUCCUACCCCGCCCUCCCCCUUUCCUCCGCGCGCUUUCCCCCGUCCUCCCCCGCUUCCACCGACCCAUACUCGUCCGCACCGCUCCGCAUGCCGUCGCAACACCGUCCCCCGUCCUCUUCAUCCGCCUACUUCCCCCGCUCCCCCUCGUCCGCCUCCGCCGCGUCCUCCUCCAUGAACCUUGCGCGGAACGUUGGGCGGGGGAUCUGCGCGUCGUGUCUGGCGGCGUCGCUCUUCGCCGCGCUCCUCUGCACAUCGCUCCCGCUCGCCGCGCUCCUCAUUUGGCGGCUUGCGCCCACCCCGUUCGACCAGACCCGCCCGCUCCUCUUUGACUUCCGCCAGCACGAGCCCUCCGCCGUCGCCUCUUUCCUUCCGCGCCCAUACACCCUCCUCCCGCCGCCGCCGCAGUCUCCCGCCUCGUCUUCCGCCUCUGCAGGCGCGCACGCCACCUCCCCGUCCGCUUCCGCUCCCACGAAGCGGUUCUUCUCCGCCGCCCCCCCGCGCCUGCUGCAGCGCAACCAGCGCUACGAGGCGGUUCUCCGCCUGCGCCUUCCCGAAUCGGACCACAAUCUCGCGCUCGGCAUGUUUCAGAUAUCCGCGCACGCGCUUUCCGCCGAUUACGCCGUCCUCUCCGCCAAUUCCCAGCCCGCCACUCUCCGCUUCCGCAGCCGCCCCAUCCGCGCGCUGCGCACGGCGGUGCUCGCGUUCCCGCUCCUCUGGGGCUUCCGCGAGGAGGCGCAGCGGAUCGAGCUGCGCGUUCUGCGCGGAGUCGAGGGGAAAGUGCCCGUGGCGGCGGUGCGCGUGAUGCUUGCGCCCAAGGCGGGCGCGGGGCCAGGCGCGGGGCUUCCGCAGAUCUACGACGCGGAGCUGCGCCUGCGCGCGGUUCUGGGGGGCGCGGGGGGGCUGUGGCUGCUGGCGUGGCGGGUGAUUCUCUUCACUGUGUGCGCAGCAGGGAUAUUCGCUGCCCCUGCUACCUUGCACGCUUCUCGGUAUUCCCCUGUUGGCCUUGCACCUGCUGCUGGCGCUGCUCUUGGUCGGCCUGUGGGGGAUGUGGGGGGGGAGGGGGCGGAAGCGGGGUUGGUGGGGGCGGAGGAGGUGGUGGGAGUGGGAGUGGGUGCGGGAGUGGGUGAAGGCGGGGAGGAGGGGGCGAGUGACGAGGAGAUAGAGUCGCUGCUGGCAGCAGGGCAGCAGCUGCUGCAGGCACGGGUCCGGCAGGCAGUGGCAGGAGGGGCAGGACUGGAGGAAGAAGAGGGAGAGGAGGAGGAAGAGGAGCGGGGAGGAGGAGAGACGUGGAGGCCAGGGCUGAGGCAGAGGCGGGUGGGGGUGGGACGAGCAGGGGGGCAAUCAGUGGCAGCAGUGCCUGCAGCACCUGGAGCGCCGGCAGUGGUGUUAGGCGCUGGAGCAGCGGAGUGGGAUGAGGGCGAGAGUGCGCGGGGAGGAGAAGACGAGAAGAGGGUGACGGGUAGGUAG